CACACUCACUCAGUGCUCUGGCUUUCUCACUGCUCUCUCUCUCUCCAUCUCUCUCUGUCUCUGUCUCUCAGUGCUCAGUCCUGAGACAGGUUGAACAUGGGCUCCUCUCAUUCUGACCUGCAAGAAGAAGAGCUCAAUCAGCUGUCUGAGAAAACUGGCUUUUCUUCAGAACAGAUCAAAAACCUGCACAAGAGAUUUAAGAUCCUGGCCCACAACAGCGACAGCUUGAGCCGAAUUGACCUGGAGACCAUCAGCGAUUUGACCUUCAACCCGAUUAGAACUCAAAUCAUCGACGCCUUUUUUGAUAAAAGGAACUUCGGUCGGGGUGAGGUGGGCAGAGUAGAGGAGAUCAGCUUCGAGGAGUUCCUCACCGUCGUGGCACACUUCAGGCCAAUAAAACAAGAGGAGGAUAAAGAGAGGCUUACAAAAGAGAAACUCCGCUUUCUGUUUAACAUGCAUGACAAAGACAACGACGGGAUCAUCACUUUGGACGAAUACAGAAAGCUGGUAGAAGAGCUGCUGUCCAACUCCGGGAAUAUAGAAGAAGAAACAUCCAAGUCUAUCGCAGAUGCUGCUAUGCUCGAGGUCGCGAGUGUCACCAUGGGCCAGAUGGCUCCAGAUCAGAUUUAUGAGGGAAUCACGUUCGAGCAUUUCCUUCAGAUUUUAAAAGGUGUGGAGAUCGAUUCCAGGAUGCACAUCCGCUUUCUGUACGUGGACACGACGACGAUGGGCUGCAGGAAAUAAACCUCUUCAAGCCCGAGGCCACAAAAGCUCGGCGUUAUGGCUGCCACGCCUCCAUGGCACUCUGCACUAACUACAGUAGUUCGACCUUUCUAUUGAAACAUUCCAGUACUGCCGCGCGAGUGACACCUUGAUAGGUUGGACGAGACGUACGGCAUUCCUGCGGACAUAUCUUUUAUCUGAUGUAAGCGUCGAGGGAGGAGACGGCGCGAGGCUGAAAGGGGAGAUCGCUCGGGGAUAAUUUAUUAAUCCCUUUCGGGCCUUGGUCUAUUUCGGGUGCCUUUGAGUAGAGGUUACAUUCUGCACCCAGUUAGCAUUUGGAAUGGAGUGCAUUCGCAGGGCACACACUAAUUUAUGUAUAUAAAUUUACUAUGGAAAUCUUUAUACACCAG